AAUGACUUAGACAUGUACCAAAGCCAGUUCCUGGAACUUCAGCAGAGACUAUUGUAUGCUGAAAAAGAAAAUAAAAAAAGAUCAUAUGAACUGAGCUAUGUCCUGGAUGAAAUUAAACGUGCAGUUGCAAAAAGAAUGAACUUGACAACAAAUCAUACAGAUGAUAUGAAGUGGAAAGCAUUAAACAUCACCAGAAAACUCCCUGUACAUCUUACAAACAUGUACUACUACCUGCCUCACCUUCGAGAAGAUGAAGAUGCCGUUUUCCCAAAUGUUAUUUUUGGGCAACAGAGAAGAGGAGUCUCACUGGUGAUGGGUAUUCCUACUGUGAAAAGGGAAAAACAGCAUUAUCUGAUUAACACGCUGCAUUCUCUUCUGUUUGAGCUUUCUGAAGAGCAAAAGAACGACUGUGUAAUAAUCAUCUUUGUAGCAGAGGUGAAUGCAGAAUAUGUUAACAGUGUUGCAGAAAGUAUUAAAACCAGCUUCCCCAGAGAAAUCCAGUCCGGAGUCCUAGAGGUUAUUUCUCCUCCUGCUUCUUAUUACCCAGAUCUUUCCAACUUGAAGAAAACACUUGGAGAUUCAGAGGACAGAGUAAGGUGGAGAACGAAACAGAAUUUGGACUAUAGCUUUUUAAUGCUAUAUGCCCAGCCUAAGGGAACAUUUUAUUUACAGCUGGAAGAUGACAUUAUAGCCAAACCUGACUAUUUGCAAAGUAUAAAAAACUUUACUGCCAAACAGUCCCAAGAGUGGAUGAUUCUCGAGUUCUCCCAGCUUGGAUUUAUUGGAAAAUUGUUUAAAUCAGAAGACUUGCCACUCAUAGUGGAAUUUUUUCUCAUGUUCUAUAAAGAUAAGCCGAUAGACUGGCUUGUCGACCACCUGCUCUGGGUUAAAGUGUGCAAUCCAGAAAAGGAUGCAAGACAUUGUGAAAUGGAAAAGGCAAAGUUACGUAUUCGUGCUAAACCAUCUCUCUUUCAGCAUAUGGGAACUUAUUCCUCAUUGGCUGGGAAGAUACAGAAUUUGAAAGAUAAAGAUUUUGGCAAUAAUGUGCUACAUAAAGCCCAUAAUAAUCCCCCAGCAAAACUGGAUACAAGCCUAAGAAUAUACCAGCAAUAUACCUUGGAAAAAGUUUAUGAAGGAAAAGACUGUUUUUGGGCUUUUUCUCCAAUGCAAGGGGACUACAUCAGCUUCACCUUUUUAAAUCCACUAAAAGUUGAAAAGUACUUCUUCAGAAGUGGAAAUAUGGAGCACCCUGGUGAUAAACUGUUUAACACUACCGUGGAAAUGUUGCCAGCAGAUGAAAUGCUAAGAAAAGAACUGGUUGACAAUGGCAGUAAAUUCAACUACCCAGCAACCAAAGAUGGAUAUUUACAAAUAGGGGCUUUUGAAAAUGGAAUUGCAGAAGGCAGUAUCAAUCAGUCAAUAGGAAAAAUACAGGCUAUUCGUUUAUCAAUCAAUUCUGAUUCUCCUGUGUGGGUAAUAAUUAGUGAGAUACUUAUCAAGACCUCUGAAAACUGA